UGCUCGUGGCGGUAUAUUGGGUGGUCUGCAAGAUAUGUGUAAUUUUUAAAAUUUAAUCCCUUUUACAAAGUUACAAAUACCUUUAAUUAACAUGGAAUCAAAGACUUUAAAUCGAAUCAUCACAAGAUCACAAGUAAUUGAGGACUCGGACGAUAAACCUGCUGGUAAAGAUGCAUCAAAACGAUUAGCAGACCCUCUUCCAGAUCUCGGAAGUAAAAAGAGAAUUUUGGGAGACAUCACAAAUCAGGUUAAACUAGCAAAUACAAAAACAAAUGCAGUCUCAAAAAGGACGGCUAAGCAUGGAUCAUAUUGCAGUGAAAAUGCCCUGCCUGAUUCAAAUUUAUCUAAAAACUCUUCAAGUAACAAAUCAAAAGAUAAAGAAUCUUGUUCUUCUGAUGACACUAUCUACGUCACUGCACUUGAGCAAUGUGAAUCGGAUAGUGGUUUUGAAAGUAGAGUUGAUACAACAAUCGAAGAACCUCUUCCUGAUGGUGUUGAAGAUUAUGAUAAGUGGGCUCAACAUGAUCCUUACAAUGAAUCACGUUAUGCUGCUGACAUUUUCAAAUAUUAUAGAGAAAGAGAAAAAAAGUUUACUGUUGAAAAAUACUUGCAGAAACAAUCUGAAAUAACCAAAGGAAUGAGAGCUAUUUUAGUUGAUUGGAUGGUUGAAGUGCAAGAAAGUUUCGAAUUAAACCACGAAACACUUUAUCUUGCUGUGAAAUUAGUUGAUCGUUAUCUGAUGCGUCACUUUGUUCCCAAAGCUCUACUACAGCUAUUGGGAGCUACGACACUAUUCGUCGCUGCCAAGUUUGAUAAAAUUAAAGAAUUAAAAGAUUCUAUAGUGGAACUUGAAUCAUCUACUGAUACUGAAACUGAUAGCAACUUAAGCUCAACGGCAGAAGAUAUCACAGACGAACAAAAUGAAGAAGAUACUGAUGAAGAUGUGAGUGAUACUAGCAGCGACGAUGACGAAUAUUUGUCAGAUGAGUCAGAUGAAAAUUUAUUUUUUGUGUAA